CGGCCUUGUUCUUUGUGACCAGCCGACGACAAUAGUCUCUAUUGGUCACCCGGGGCACAUCCUGGCGCAAUUCCCGCCGUUGCAGCAUAAUGCGGAGGGUGCCGCCCACGUAGGUGGAGUCACGUUCACAAGAGUCUUGGCAUCUGGGGAAUCGGCCGACCGAGACGCCUUUGCCAUUUCCCUUUACUCUAUUCGAGGAUUAGUCCGGUCAGCGCGUCAUUAAGUGGUUUGCGUUGUCGCCCGGACUGGUGCUGUUGAGCACGCGUAUGAAAGAAUUCACGAUGCGCUAGCAGAUAAUACCCAGGAUUGGUAGAGUUGGCAACCCUGCGGGGCGUCUUGGGUUUCUCCAGAUAAAGAGCCGAUGACGCUUCACGAGGGAAACAUUCGCACGCGUCUCCUCCUCGAUCCCUUCAGCACCUUUUUCGAUCCAAUUAGCAAUAGGACUCAUAUAUCAUGCCUGGUAGAUUCGCGUUGAAGAAGCCUGAACAUGUCCCUGGCAAGGCAUGGCCAGCUAUUCUCAUUGGCCUUUUCGUAGCCUUUGGGGGCGUCUUGUUCGGAUAUGACACCGGCACAAUUUCCGGAAUCCUGGCAAUGCCUUACUGGCUCCGCGAAUUCUCAACUGAAGCAGACGGCGAACUCACUGGAUCUCAGGAUGCCCUCAUUGUCUCCAUCCUCUCUGCCGGCACUUUCUUCGGCGCGCUCUUGGCUUCACCUUUUGGAGACUUGAUGGGUCGCAGGCUUGGCCUGAUGACCGCUACUGGCAUAGUCUUCAACUUCGGUGUUAUCCUACAGACGGCCUCCACCUCCCAACCCCUGUUUAUUGCGGGCCGAUUCUUUGCGGGCCUCGGUGUCGGUCUGGUUUCGGCACUUAUCCCCAUGUAUCAAUCCGAAACCGCGCCAAAAUGGAUUCGAGGCACCAUUGUUGGAGCAUACCAGCUUGCUAUUACUAUUGGUCUCUUCUUGGCUGCCAUUGUUAACAAUUCCACGAAAGACCGUAUGGAUACAGGGUCGUACCGCAUUCCGAUAUCGAUCCAAUUCCUCUGGUCCUUAAUCCUUGUCAUUGGUCUCAUCUUCCUUCCGGAAACGCCUCGCUACCUCAUCAAGAUGGACAAAUACGACAAAGCAGCAAUUUCUCUCGGCCAACUUCGCCGACUCCCGGUAGACCAUCCCGCUGUUCUCGAGGAGUUGAACGAAGUCCAGGCGAACCAUCUCUAUGAGAUGAGUCUUGGCAAGGCUUCCUAUAUGGAGUGCAUCAAGGGGACCGUCGGCAAGCGUCUGUUGACUGGAUGUCUCCUGCAGGCUCUGCAACAGCUUACUGGAGUCAACUUCAUCUUCUACUACGGAACCCAAUACUUCAAAAACGCCGGUUUCCAAAACCCCUUCACUAUCCAAGUUAUCACCAAUGCCAUUAACGUCGCCUCCACGUUCCCGGGUCUCUACAUGGUCGAAAGGCUUGGCCGCCGCAACCUCCUCCUCAUGGGCGCCAUUGGCAUGUGUGUAUGUCAAUAUAUUGUCGCCAUCACUGGGACCGUUGCCGGCACGGCCGACCUUGGUGCCCAACGUGCAGCCAUUGCCUUCGUGUGUAUCUAUAUUUUCUUCUUCGCCAGUUCCUGGGGCCCUGUAGCCUGGGUUGUGACGGGAGAAUUGUUCCCAUUGAAAGUCCGUGCAAAAUGUCUUUCCAUGACAACCGCUAGCAAUUGGCUGCUUAAUUGGGCUAUUGCAUAUUCUACGCCUUAUAUGGUCGACCAAGAUCAUGCGAACCUGCAGUCCAAGGUGUUUUUCGUAUGGGGUUCUUUCUGCUUUGUUUGCAUCGCUUUUGUCUGGUUUAUGAUCUACGAAACCAAGGGGCUUUCCCUCGAACAAGUGGAUGAGCUCUACGGCAUAGUCAGUAAGGCUUGGAAGUCUAAGGACUUCCGCCCUGCGCUGAAUUUUGCGGAUGUGGAUGCAGAUACGCAUAGGGGUAUGUCGUUGGCGGAUAUUGCGGCGAAUCAGGAGAGGAAGAGGAGUGUGCAGCAUGACGCUGAAGUCCCGAUUACGAGCGAGAAGGUUUAGGUUAGGCUAAGGGAAAAUGGUGAAGGUAUGGGGGUAGAGAUAGGAAUGGAGAAAGGAAAGAGGAGGGUGUAUAGAUUGGAUGCCGAGUCGGCGGCUAGGGAUUGGUGAUUCAGGGUUAUAGAGAGGGGUUCAUUUACCCACUCCGUAGUUGUGAGUCAAUUCUUAAUACCAAAACUUUAAGUUAU